AAGAACCCUAAAUCCUGCUCCAGCCAAUUCGAUGCUCACGCUCAGGGAAUUCCGGGCCAGCGACAUCGACGACAUGAUGGAAUGGGCGAUGGACGACGCGGUCACCGAGUUCCUCGUGUGGGAGACCUACACGUCCAGGGACGCGGCGGUGGAGUUCUUCCACGCAUUCAUCGUUCCGCACCCAUGGUUCCGCGCGAUCUGCUGGGCCGACGUCGCGAUCGGCUCGCUCUCGCUCACGCCGGGCUCGGGGAUCCACGCCUGCCGCGCCGAGCUGGGAUACGUUCUCGCGCGCCGCUACUGGGGCCGCGGGAUUAUGACCGCGGCCGUGAGGGCGGCGGUGGAACAGGGAUUCCGGGAGCUCCAAUCCAUCGCGCGCAUCGAGGCGAUCGUGUUCCGGGAGAAUGCGGCAUCGCAGCGGGUGCUGAUCAAGGCUGGAUUCGCGAGCACGGGGCUGCAGCGCAGCUACGUGAUCGUCAAGAACAAGCUCAGGGAUUGUUACGUGUUUGAGAUGGUCAGGGAGGAAUCCUCGUCGCUGGGAUCGUCGCUGGGUCACGACAUGGAAGAAGAAGGCGAAGCUAUCGAGCUAGAGGAUCGAUAGCAUCUAGAAUUUGGCUGGAGAG